AUGCUUGAGUGUGGAGAUCUCAAUCUCUUCGUAUCUCGAAAAGAAUUACCGGAUGCUCUGCGCUUCUUUGGCGAGAAUGCACUGGAACCGGAAGAGCAUGUCAUGCCCGCAGUGUUGCGACAGCUCGUUCCAUUUCCGCGGAUCUCGUUUUUUCACUUUGUGGACUCAGACUUGUUGCAACACAUGGCUGGCUUAGCUGAUUACGCACUGCUGGGGGCGUCAGUGACGAUUUCGCCAGAUGGCACAGGUUCGGGACGUCCAGCAACCAAAAUAUGAAAGGGGAAGAUGUUUAAUUUUCUUAACACGCGUUCAUACUCCAUCAAUGUAGAUGGGGAUCUUUGCUAAGCAAAAGUAGACCAUAAUUGAGUGACGAGAUAUAAUAAUCUAAACUUAUCAUGUUUGAUUUUUCGAAGGGUGGUUGGUUACAAAAAGUCCCAGACAGAGGUGUCGGUGCUACCUGGAAGAAAUAGGACGAAUAUCAAAAUUUUUCUUCAUUGAUAUGGAAUGCUGCGCGCAACAAGUGGGGCACGCUGUGUUUGAGUGACGAGAGUUUUCGUCCUGUGUGCGGUCGCCUCAUAGUGGGCAAGCGUGGCUGCAAGCGAAUGACGAUCGUGAACAACGCGAAGUGUUUACAGGCGCUACUUGGCCCGCUGGUAGAAAACGAAAAAUUUGAUUAAGGCUAGGAUGUAUGCAGAGUCCAAGUGUCCAUUUUCCUUCUUAUUAAAAAAAUACCACUGGUAUAUUAUCACCACAUGAUAGUAUUUAAGAAAGAUACUAGGUCUGGUACUUCCAAGGGAAGCGUAGAAGCAUUUUGGUGCACCUGCCAUGAUGGGUCUUCGAUACAACCACUAGCUUUAAGCUGUAGCUGGAUUUACGUCGUGGGAGCAGGUGCAGCUCGGUUACGACGGCGAUGGCCAUACUAUGAGAUACAUGAGUGAGGCUGUCCCUGUCGACAACCUCAAGGAUGUGCUUCUGGAUUACGAGGUAUACGCUCAGAUAAACGACACUCGUGACAAGUGGAAAGAACUGUAGGUAGCGUGAUGCUUUCCUGUCGUUUUUUCUCAGCCAGGCCCGCUUCCGCUUUUUUCAGGCAUCAAGAUGCACAAAAUAGUUACAGAACUGAUACCCGCCGUGUUAGUACUCAACAGACUUUUUGUUUGACAGACUGAUUACGCAUUGAUUUUGAUUGGUAGUUUCCGAUUGUUUGGUUGUUCGGGAAAUGCUGUAUAUCUCGAAGAGACGAAGGACACGACCACAUCCCAAUCAUUUGAUGAUGAGCUGGUAGUUUGUUUUUACGCUACUCAUAUGCUGAAUCUGUUUGUGUCAAAUUCCGCAAUGAGUACAGGAUGUCGCGAUCAUGAAUGGAUUGCGCUCGUUGUUUCCUAAAACGUGUUUAAAAGUCGAU